CAAGCAUCUCUGCUCCGCCAUGGCUGCUGCACCCGGCAUGGUGCACCUGCAGCGCUGCGUGGUGUCCCCAGCCGGGAAACACAGUGCUUCGCUGAUCUUCCUGCACGGCUCAGGUCAUUCUGGCCAAGGGAUGAGACAGUGGAUCAAGCAGGUGCUAAACCAAGACUUAACAUUCCAGCACAUAAAGAUUAUUUAUCCAACGGCUCCCUCCAGGCCAUAUACUCCUAUGAAGGGAGAAUUCUCCAAUGUGUGGUUUGACAGAUUUAAAAUAUCUAAAGACUGCCCAGAACACCUUGACUCAAUUGAUAGAAUGUGUCAAGUGCUCACUGGAUUGAUUGACGAUGAAGUAAGAAACGGCGUUCCGAAGAGCAGGAUAUUAAUAGGGGGAUUUUCUAUGGGAGGCUGCAUGGCGAUGCAUUUAGCAUAUAGAAAUCACCAAGAUGUGGCAGGAGUAUUUGCUCUUUCCAGUUUUCUGAAUAAAGGAUCUGUCAUUUACCAGGAUCUUCAGCAAGGUGACCGCACACUCCCUGAGCUGUUUCAGUGUCAUGGCACUGCAGAUGAACUAGUUCUUCAUUCUUGGGGCGAGGAGACAAACUCAAAACUGAAAUCUCUAGGAGUGAACACCACAUUUCACAGUCUUCCGAACGUUAACCAUGAGCUGAACAAAAGGGAGCUGGAAAGACUCACUUCAUGGGUUCUCAGGAAGCUGCCGGAAGAGACCGACAGGCAGAGUGGACUGAAUGAAUCCAGACCUGCACAUUGACCAUUUUUCUUACAUUUGAAUUUUUUUUCCUAUUUCAUCCCCACAAAAACUAAGCUUGGUGAAACAGCCAGCACCCCCGUAUUACGCAAAUGGAAUUAUGAAAAUCAUCAUGUUAUGAAUGUUAACUAUGUUGUGGCUACAUGGAUGCCAUUGAAUGGACAUACUGCAGUUUGCUUACCUGUUCCCCACAGAUGUGGGUCACUUCCUGUGUGGGGCUGUCCUAAGUCGGGCUGUGAUGAGGUGUGAACAUCUGGCCAGCCAGUGGCGAGGCUGAGUGAUGGAUUGUAGCAUUUCCUGACACUGCCCCGCUCUUCUCAGUGUUGUUUUACCGUGUUCCUUCCUGGGCAGCAGUGUGGUGUCCCCUGACCCCCUGAUGCUCAGUGCCUCAUCAUCCUUCCAUUUUCCCCAUCCUAGUGACUGCGCAGUGUUAAUGCACUGUUUGAUUUCCUUUUUAUUGCUGCCAGAGAUGUGAUACAGAAUCCUACCCUGGACGGUUUCCCCACAUUUAUGAAAAGUCAGUUUUCCCUCCCCAGUCUGCUUCCAGACUAUCUUUGUGAAAAGUGAUCUGUUGCAAAAUUAUGACAAAUAAAAUAUGAAUAAAUAA